UGUGCCUUACCUCCCUUAUUGGCUGAGACCGAAUCAGGGAGUACUAUGAUAUUCAAAAGACGUAACAAACCAAAAGCUCCAUAUGAUGCUUCUCGAGUUGGACUAGAUGGACUCCUCUCUACACCUUUACAUCACCUUCUAGUCGAGGUAGAAGAACUUAAAUCAAAGCAGAAAGCACUUGAACUGCAGAGACGUUAUGACGAUGAACAUCUACAAGCCCAAGGUGGGAGUAAGAAGCCCACUCAAGCACCGUCCAUGUGGGUGGACAAAUAUAGACCGAAAAAGUUCUCUGAUCUGCUGGGCGAAGAUCGUGUUCACAGAGAGGUACUGGGCUGGUUGAAAGAAUGGGAUAAAUGUGUUUUCAGACGAGUCACGCAAGUGAAGAAAAGACGGUUUGAUGAACAAGAAAAUCUCCCUAUCGACCCACUUGGUCGUCCCAGGGAUAGAAUACUGCUUCUCUCCGGUCCUCCGGGGUACGGCAAAACAACUCUUGCUCAUAUCGUGGCUAAACAAGCCGGCUACAAAACCCUCGAAAUUAACGCAUCAGACGACCGAUCGGCCGCUACAGUAACGAGUCGGAUCAAAAACGCCAUAGAUGCCGGUAGUGGUUUGUCCUCUCAAGGACGUCCGACUUGUGUGGUUAUUGAUGAGAUCGAUGGUGCUAGUGGAGGAGGUGAUACUAGUUUCAUCAGAAGUCUAGUUAAGCUUAUUCAGGAUGUUCCUGCUAGACGAAAGAAUAACGUACCUGCUAAACCUUUACGAAGACCGAUUAUUUGUAUCUGUAACGAUCUAUAUGCCUCAGCUUUGAGACCUUUGAGACCUUUUGCGAGGAUCAUACGGUUUCGGAAACCUCAGGCACAAUUUGUUGUCAAACGACUGAGGGAGAUAUGCGACAAGGAAGCUUUAUCGGCGGAUUUGAGAGUAUUGACAAAUCUUGUGGAUGUUACUGCUGGAGAUGUAAGAAGCUGUUUGAAUACCCUCCAAUUCAUCAAAUCCCGAUCAUCCAUUGUAACAGACGAAGCCAUCCGUACCUCUUCCGUCGGUCUCAAAGAUUCUGGUACCUCUCUUCAAUCAACUUGGAACUCACUCUUCAUCCCUCUAGCGGCCAAACAAAGACGUAAAGCCCAAGGUAUCGAUGACGGAAAAUAUGUAGAUAGAUUGGUGAACGAAGUACAAUCAUGUGGCGAAUAUGAUCGUCUCGUACAAGGAAUGUGGGAACAUUAUCCUAAUCUCAAACCGAUCGAUAGUAGUUUAGAGAACAUUGUCAAGUUGAACGAUUGGGUGGCUUACCAUGAUUAUCUUGCUGGUCGUGUUGGGGAACAUCAGGAAUUUGAAUUGAUGGGAUAUAUGCCUUAUGGGAUUGUGGCUUGGUAUGGACAUAUGGCUUCUUCUGCCAAUAACACUAAACUCACCGAGUGGCCCAAAGCGGAUUACGAGGCAUAUCAAGCUCGAUUAGGGAAUGAAGAAAUAGCUACCAGUUUGAAAAAUGUAAUCCCUCCAAUUCUUCGAUCCCUGUUCUCACCAACGACGACCAUGACAGAACUCAUACCUUUGUUGAUGAGGAUCAUCUCGCCGCCUCUCAAGCCAGUGAACGCAAAUAUCGUCAAGAGCGCAGAGAAGGCUGUUUUGACGAGACUAGUGGAUUUGUUAAUCCCUCUGGGAUUGAGGUUCUGGCAAGAAAAGGCUGAUAAUGGACAGCCGAUGAUGCGGUUGGAGCCACCCAUCGAUGUGUUCGUACAUUACGAAGGCAAGCGAGCGGACGACAUUGCCGCAUCAAGAUUCGCCGUGCGGCAGCUAGUGGCUCAAGCCAUGGAUGCUGAGAUAGCACGACGAAAAGGAGUCGUGGAAGAUGGUCAGUCGGCAGGGACGGCAGAGUCUCUAGCGGGGAUGUAUGGAAUCGCCAAUCAACCCAGCGAGAGUCUGUUAGAAUCGGUCCCCACUCCUAUAGGUGAAUCAUUCUCUUUCUCUCCAAAGUGUCACGCUGAUGAGUUAGAACAACCCCCGAUCAAGAAAUUCCGCGCGUUAUACAAAUUCCAUGAAGGAUCUUCAAGUGCAGUGAGGAAGAAUAUCAAGAUGAGCGCUUUGAUGUGA